AUGGGCUCCUUCACUAAUACACCACUUGCUGUGGCCUGUAUUGGAGGACGUAAAGAAGUAGUUGAUAUACUACUGAAGCAUAAAGCUAAUCCUAAUGUCACUGAUAAACAAAAUUGUACACCACUUGGUAUUGCCUCUGAAAAAGGACAUACAGAAAUAGCUGAACUACUACUGAAGCAUGGAGCUGAUCUAAAUGUCACUAAUAAUAAAAAACGUACACCACUUGGUAUUGCCUGUAAAAAAGGACAUACACAAAUAGUUAAACUACUACUGAAGCAUGGAGCUAAUGUCAAUGUCACUGAUAGCAAUGGAAAUAUACCACUUGGUAUUGCCUGUAUAAAAGGACAUACACAAAUAGUUGAACUACUACUGAAGCAGGAUAUAGCUACAAUUAGUGACGCUACUGCUAAAAAUCGUAUGACCAGUGCAAAAGAGCGGCCUGAAAGAGCUAAUAUUAAUCACACUAAUGGCAAAAAACAUACAGCACUUCAUAGUGCCUGUAUAGAAGGACAUACAGAAAUAGUUGAACUACUGCUGAAGCAUGAUCGAGUUAAUGUCAAUGUCACUGAUAAAGACAGUCAUACAGCACUUCAUAGUGCCUGUAUAAAAGGACAUACAGAAAUAGUUGAACUACUGCUGAAGCAAAAGAAUACUAAUGUUAAGAAACGUGAUGAAGAUGGUCUUAAUGCUCUUGAUAUUGCUGUAGAGAAAGGAAAAAAGUGA